CUCGCCAAUCAGUGUUAAGUGCAAUUUUUUCUGCCUUUGGGUUUUUUUAAUGGAUAGUACUGACAAUUGUUGAAGGUUUUAUGGUUUUCUGUUGAAAGGGACAUUGGUAACUGAUUAGGUUUGCUGUAGCCAUGUCAGGAUCAGCCCCCGAGGAGCCUCAGACCAUUCCUCAGAGCCCAGCUAGUGUUCCUGACCCCGCUCCCGUUGCUGUCGGACCUGGAGGCUCAAGUGACAGUUCCUUUGGUGAGCAAAACCUUGGCUUCGCCACCCCCGAGGCCAGCCUGGUGGAGAUGAUGGACAUUGAGUACACCCAGCUGCAGCACAUACUUUGCUCGCACACGGAGGCGCAGAGUAGCGAAGGUGAAGUGGAAGCCAGGCUCAGCGCUUUCUCCUCGCCUGGCCCCUCUGCAGACCCCCCUCUGCAGCAGCCCUCCCCCAGCACCAGUCAGGACGGGGGCUCAUCCAACAGCUCUGGGAACCAGUCGGUCUGCCCAGUGACCUGUCAGUCAGGGUUGCCUUGUGACAGCUACUGGCCGAGUUCUAACCCGCACCUGGGCUACGCUGACCUCCAGGAGCUCAGGAUGAUGUUACUUAGCGAGUCCAACCUCCCUGGGAACCAGAGAGAGAAAGCGCCCAACAGUAGUAGCUCUGUAGAAGCCUCGGGAUGCAGUGUAGCAAAAGCUAAACAGGGUGAAAAUUUCUUGGGGGAGAAUAAGGAAAACAUAUUUGUUGAAAAUUCGGCACUGGCACCAGAGGUUAGAUCUAAACCUGCAGUCAGAGCUCGGUUGGAAGACAGAUUCAACAGCAGCCCGACAGAAAACCCCAGAUGUCAAGAACCCCAAGAAUCUGGAGUAACUCUUAACAAUUUAGUGACAUUGAUCCGCCAGCCCUCAGAAGUGGUGGGUGUUCCUCUUCACCAGCAAGGGAACAGGUGUGCUGCACUAGGGAAAAAUAAGGCUGCACCUGCCACACAUUCCUUACCAUUCACUUACCCGUUCUUUACCAUGAAUGCAUGUUCUGCUGCUGGAAGUGCUAACCCUUCCCAAGCACAGACCUGUGGAACAUCUUGCACUAUUUUGGAAGCUGCCAAACAUCAAGACCUUGGGAUACCCAAAACAUUCCCUUUUCUCUAUCAGGAAGUUGAAUCCACGAAACAGACAGUAGGUGCUAUAAAUAAAGCUUUGCCUGAGGAAGUUUGGAUUAAAGUUGGAGACACCUUAUGCAAGCAAGCCAUAAACAGAAGUUGCAGCCGAAUAAAUCUGUUGGAUGCAAGCAUGGAUCGCAAACCUCUCGGUGAGAUUCGGAACGCCCGGGACAACAACCAGAGCACUGCAGCUGCCCAGGGCCCCUGGCAGUCAGCACAGCCCAGCUCCAGUGUGCAGGUGCAGAGUGGUUCCCAGGAUGGAAGUGCUCAGAGGAGGGAGAGGCACAACCGCCUGGAGAGAGACAGGAGGCGCAGGAUCCGGGUUUGUUGUGAUGAGCUCAAUCUCCUCGUUCCCUUCUGCACCAUCGACACUGACAAGGCAACAACUUUGCAGUGGACAACUGCAUUCCUCAAGUACAUUCAGGAAAGGCACGGCGACUCCCUGAAGCAGGAAUUUGAGACUGUGUUCUGUGGUAAAACAGGCAGGAGACUAAAAAUUGGAAGACCAGACUCGUGUGUAAUGUGUCCAGCACAGGAAAACCGCACAGCUAUGGAGACCAAAUAGCCUGAGCUGCCCACCCUGAAUUGUGUGACAGUAGUGCAAACUGUGUUUCAUUCUUUCCAUUUACAUGCUGAAUAGGAAUUUGAAAGUGUAACUUGUAAAUAUAUAUAAAUAGAAUUUAAAGGAAACGUUCUCUAUUGCAAAUGGAAAUGGAAGGUAACUACCAGCAAUGGGAAUCUGCCCUGUUCAAGGGGCUUUGGGACCAGAAGCUACAAGAAAAUGUCAUAACUUAAUUAUUUUAACCCUUUAGUUAUACAAAAUUUGCUUGUCAUCCUGCUUUGGGGUCUCAUUUAAUUUUUUGCUUUUAUUUUAUUUUUCAAAGAUGAUGCAGUACAGAUUGGAAGAGUUGUAGAACUUCUAUCUUCCUGUUAUUUUAAUGGCUAGAUGUAAAACUCAUUCUUCCAGUGUAUAAAGAAACUGAAGUUACCAUAUUAUAAUGCCCAUUUUUCCAUUUAAAAUGUAAAUAUUGUAUUGGUUAUUUGAACAAGUGCAUAGUUUCUAAACUGUAUGUAUUAUGAAUUUUGCAUUUGCAUACAUAUUUAACAUAAUUAGCUCCAAAGAGUAGUGCAAUGGUGUUGGCAUUUUUAAAUUCAGUCCUAUUUUUAAUGUCUGCCACACAACUGUCCAGUAGGUUCUUGUGUUGUUACUUUAGACCAAAAGUGGAAUAUUUUACACAGUAGAUAUUUAAAUGCACAAACUAUUUUUAUAUUUAAAGAGAAAUAUGAUGCUUCAUUCAUAGGCUUUGGCAUAUAGGACAGAAAUAGAACUGUGUGUGAGCUGAGAGUGGCUUUAUUAAUUUUUUUAAAUAGAUGAUGCUAGCAAGUUUUAAAGUAUAAAAAGUUCUACCAAAAUUAAUACUGGUUUAAAUCACGGAUAAGAACAAUUUUGCAGCAAUUUAUGUCCAAACAAUACUAGUAAAACCUAGCUCUGGAAAAUGGAGUUUAGCCAAGUUAAUUUGAUUUGUAUAAUGACACUUACAACAUCAAAAAGAAAAGGUUAAAAAAAAUCUCCUUUUAUUUUUACAACAGUUCAUACAGGUGGUUUUGGCUGGACUUUAAAAGAGCAUCCUUUCUUAGGUGGGGUUCCAUCACAAUUACUGUGCAAAUAGCUGAAGUAGAGGUCAUGAAAAUGCUGUUACUUCAUUUCCUUCGUUAUCAUAUGGAAAUAUGCAAAAAUUCUUCCCUGGAAAUUAAAAUAUUUACAUUGCUCCUUUUGCAGAAUUUGCUUGCAAGAGGAUUACUGUUUACUAGUCUUGCCAAAAUAUUUGAGGUGCAAUCUGAAAAUUUCUAGCUGGCAGCACAGACUUAAGCAAUGGUCAUUCCUUAGGCCAGAAGGUUCAGAUGUUAAAAUACAGGAUAUUGAAAUGCCUGAUUUCCACUGAUGGAAGAGGCAGCUCGGUGCCUGAGUGUCUUAACAGCGUGUCUGAGAGCACAAACCUGCAGGACUGAAGUCAGUGGGAGCAGCACCAAGGAAUUCAAUGGAAAAGGCUCAAACUU